AUUCACCCCUUUUUUCUCACUUUUCUCUUCUUGAACCUGCCAAUUUUAGAGAGAGAGAAAUGUAUAUGGUGCUCAAGCUUCUCAUCAUCGGCGGCGAGAUCGUGGAAGAAGAAGGCGAGUGGGAGAAAGAGAGAUAAAAAAAAAUAAAAAAAAGUUGCGAAAAUCCAGCAAAAAUUCAAGAUUUCAUUACCAAAAAUAAAAUCCAAAAUUCCUUCACCAUUUCAUCCAAAGAUCCGAUUUUGAUCCGAUUUUGGUAAUAAAAAAAACACAAAUCCCUAUAAUUCCCCCCCAAUUUCCCAAAACCAUUCCACAAUGGAGCAGAAACCGGCGGCGGUGGUGGCGCGGUGCGAGUGCUGCGGGCUGACGGAGGAGUGCACGGAGGCGUACGUGGAGCUCGUGCGCGAGCGCUACUCGGGGCGGUGGAUCUGCGGGCUCUGCGCGGAGGCGGUGAAGGAGGAGAUGGCGAGGAUCGGCAGCUGCGAAGAGGCGCUCGACCGGCACUUGAAUUUCUGCCGGAAUUUCAAGAAUUUGUGCCCGCCGAAGAGGCCGACGGAGGAGCUGAUCGCCGCCGUCAAGCAGGUGCUUCUCAGGAGCCUCGACUCGCCCCGGACGAAGGAGCCUGGGCUGCUCCGCGCCCAGAGCUGCGAGCCGGCCCUGCAGUCUGGGCGGCUUGUCUGAGUAGGAAAUGACAUAGGUGAUCUCGAUUGGAUGAAAUGUUAGUACUACUACUUUUUUUUUGAAUUUGGAGUUUUUUUUUUAUUAUUUAUUGGUAAUAACUGAUUUUUGAGAUGUUUUGAUUGGUGCUA